CUCGUGUCUCGACGCGUUCCCUCCAUUGCAUCUACUGACUCACCUUGGACUCACCCAUCGUUUUUCUCGCAAUGUACAAUAAUUCUGAAAGGAGGAAAUUCGACCCAACGAGAUUUGACCCGUCGAAAUCAGUCGAGAAAGAGUGGCCUUUCCGUCUCAACUUUUAUGACAAGUCCCCGUGGUAUGAAGUCACUUUAGAGGACUUUGAAAGAUACGCUCUGGAUCGCCUUCGCGUUCUUGCAGAGAUCGAAUCGUCUUUUGCACGUAACAGAUCUUGGGAGGAGUUGAAGAAUGUGACCACGCGGCAGUGCAAGGAAUACCUUCCUCUCAACAGCAGCAGUGCCUCAACUAUAGAUACGCAGACUGAAAGGAGAAAUGACCACCUGGGUCACUUCGUACUCAGACUUGCUUUCUGUCGAUCGGAGGAUUUGAGGAGGAGGUUCGUGAAAGCGGAGACAGCUCUCUUUCGAGUGAGAUAUGAGAGUGAUGAUACAAAAGAGCGAGAGCUCUUCCUGAAAUCCCGAGACUUUCAGUGGACUGAGGUCAACUCCGAGGAGAAACAGCAAUAUGCCAGUGAACUGAAGGCGCUAGGAGUGGCAGGUGUACAGCAGCCAGAGGAAGGAGUUCCGGCAACGUCUGUGAAAGUGAUCCCAACGGAGAAGCUUUACAAGGUGAGAUGGACUCAAGUGCCGGAUCUCGUCAAUAAGCGACGUGUCCUGGUAAAAGAUGGCUGGGCGUACGUUCCCAGUAAGGAACAGCUCAGUAUCGUUUUGCGAGCAUUUGAGGCGAGCCUUGAAAAUGCGCUCGAUUCGACCGCUCGAUCAAUAAUGCGCAUGGACGGUGACACUCGCCUAACUGAAAUCCUCAACCAUAUGUCUCGCGGGUUUGUCGCAGGGGUGGCUUCGGAGUACUCUGGUCCAGCCACGGGCGACGAGAUCAGAGCAGACAUGGUGGAUGAUCUUGCUAAACGACACUUCCCCUUGUGCAUGCGGAACUUACACGAAUGCCUCAUGCGGGACCGUCACCUGAAACAUUUUGGCCGGCUGCAAUAUGGCCUGUUUCUCAAGGUUCUUGGUUUGUCGAUAGACGAAGCAAUUGCAUUUUGGAGGAAGGCUUUCAGUAACGUCACAGACGACAAGUUCAACAAAGAGUACAAGUACAAUAUCAGACAUUCAUUUGGACUGGAAGGGAAGCGUGCCAACUAUCCGGCGAAGAGCUGUCAGCAGAUUCUCUUGACAGACAAGCCCGGUCCUUCUGAUUGCCAUGGAUGUCCAUAUCGGCACUUUGCGCCAGACAACUUGCAAACGAGUUUAUUAGCAACUUAUUCGUCACAAGGACUCACAUCGGCGGAUCUAGUGGAGGUCAUGCGCACUGUGAAGGAAGGGCACUAUCAUGUUGCCUGUACGCGAGUUUUUGAGAUCACUCAUGCAACAGGAGGAGUCAAAAAAGGGGAUGGGAUCGGAGGAGGAGAAAGUGUCACGCAUCCUAAUCAAUAUGCUGCAAAGAGUAUAGAAAUUGAGAAAGGGGAUGCAAUGGUUGUAGAGUAGAAUAACGUCUGUGUUGUAUUUAUGGAGUUGUGGUUAUAUACAGUGUUUGGUGUCCUUGAACU